AGGGAGGAGCCAGGCUGUCAAGGUGAACCGAUAAACCUCUUUUUAUUACUCCUGACGUCCAAAACACGACGCGCAGCUCCCGGCGGCUCCGCGCAGGGAGGAGAGAGAGAGAGAGAGAGCGGAGGAGCUCGCAUCCUUUAUCGGGAGAUGAUCUGACCGGAGCCGGUGGACGGCGCACACGCCGACAGGACCCUCGUUUGUUUUGUUAUUUAUUUAUUUGUUUAUUUUAAAUUGGACAUAAAACUUAAAUGGCACGGAGCGAGCUGGGUGCGUCAUCUCGCCGGAGAAGCCGGAGGAAUUAAAAAGAUAAUCACUGACGAUGGUCUCGUCUCCUCCUCGUGUGUCUUUGUACAGCAGCGUGAGGCCGAGGAGUCCUGCUGGGAUCUGAGGGGGAAGAAUUCGGCGUCCCGGCGGUGUAGACGGACCCCCGACUCUGAUCCCCCGCAGCCCUGAAGGGACCAGCUUGACAUAGACAGGUUUUUUGGCACUUCUGAUUGGAUGUUGCCUCAGUUCAUCGUCCCACAAGCCUUUGUUUCUUCCAGCUUCUUCUUUUUUAUUUUUUUCCCUUGUCUCUUGGACUUGAGGUUCUGCCUAAAAAGAAAAUCAGGUGAUGAUGCCGAACUUCAUUUUCCAUCAGAAAAGAUGGAAAAGUUUUCAGCCACCGCAGCUUUAACAGCCUUUCAAGAAAACUGAGAGGGUGGAUUAUUGAAAGGAGUCUGGUGGAGCCUUUUGGGCAAUUUAAAUGGAUGUUUGCUGCUGUUGAAACACCUGUGAAGGUGCAGAGUUCAUCCGCAGUCUUGUGGAAUAACAGUGUGUGUCUGUGUUUGUGUUUAUCCUGGGAUUCAGACACAUUUCCAUGUAAAUGAGGAGUGCUGCAGAGGAGCUGAUUUCUAAAACAUCUGGACGGAUACAGAAGAUUUGCAAACAGAAAGAAACAUGUCUUUAGAUGUCCUGCAGGUUAACUCCAGUUUUCUGAUCUUAUUACCAGAUUUUUGACCAUUCAGUAACUUACAAUAAAUAUAUAGAGACUUUAUAAGAAAUUAAUUUACCUUCAAUAUUUCAAAAAAGCACAAGAUUUCCUUCGAUUUUUUUUGUCAGUUGGUGGUAGUGCUGCUCUAGCACAGCAAGUUCGAAGUUCAAAAAUCCUAUUUUUUUAUGCCCAGUUUCUGCUGUCACGCCUUAAAAGUGUAACAUCCUGUAAUUUUACAUUAAUUUGUCUCUAAAGCAAGUGGGCAGAAUCGGUUGUGGUGAGACUAACAAGCCGCUGCCGCUGUUUCCAAGCCAUUUAACCUCAUCAUUAACUUUUUGCAUUCAGGUCCUUCGUGCACAUUCUUCUAGAAAACAAAUUUAAUAAUUAAUUUAUGCGAUCACACAUUUUAUGUCUAAUAUUCAGACGUGACAGUUGUUCCAGAAAAGAAGCAGAUUCUACUCAAUUUUACUGGAUUUCCUCAACAACUAUCUAUGUGAACUGUUUUUAAUUGAAAUGAUCAUUUUUAAUGAAAUGAAAGUAGAAGCCAUUUUAAUGUCUGUUUAAAUUUAGUGAAGUAUUAAGUGAAAGAGAUGGCAUCGUGAAACGAACCAGUCACUGAACACAUUUCGUGUUUUUCAGAUGUUUCAGAAUCAGAUUUUUUGUGAUGAUUUUAAAGGAUGUUGUAACUUUAACUGACUUAAAUGCAUCAACAUUCAAGUCAAGUGGCUGAACUGUCGUCGCCAGAGAAGCAAGCUCUCUUCGCCUGCUGUUAACACCUGUUACCUGUUCCCACCUUGGAUUACAGUCCGCAGGAUAGCAAUGACAGCAUUUUGACUGACAGUAUUUUUUAAACACGUCUGAAAUCACCUCUUCUUGCCUCAGAGGGAACUCUCAGCCCGUCCCGUCACCGCCAUGGUGAUGUCGCAGGGCACCUACACCUUCCUGGCCUGUUUCGCUGGCUUCUGGUUGGUCUGGGCCGUCAUUGUCAUGCUCUGCUGUUUCUGCAGCUUCCUGCAGCGCAGGCUGAAGCGCCGCCACGAGGAGAGGCUGAGGGAGCAAUGUCUGCGAACUGUAGAGAUGGAGCCGCUCAGCUGUCACCCCGCAGGAUACCCGCCUCUUCCUCCUCCUCCGCCUCCACCACCUGCACCGCUGCCCAGGGAGCCACCGCAGUUCUGCCCUCCUCAAACACUGUCGCCGCCUGUUCCUCUACAGGUUCCUCAUCCCAUGCCGCAAGCAAACUGGGUCAGCAUGCCAGACACAGACAUAUUUGGGAAGCCACCCUGCUACGAGGAGGCAGUUCUGAUGGAGGAUCCUCCUCCGCCCUACAGUGAGGUCUUGGCCGACCCGCGGGGGGGCACCUACCUGAAGCCCGCCCCGCUCCGAGCUGCGGCGCUGCUACCUCCCAGGGAACACCAGGAUCCUGCUCCAGUGUUCACAUCCGAGACCAGCAAGCCACCCGUGACAGCUGUAUUCCCCGAACGAGGUUACUCCUCCCUGAUACGCCUGCCUUCAUCCCAGCGCUGGGACUCCCUGGGUCAUCUCCUGUCGAACAUGAACCUGAACCACAACAACCUCACCCCACCAGGGGCCCGCUCCAUCCAGGCUGCCGCCGCGAUAGCUACCAUGCCCCGCCGAGAGCCCAGGACUCACCAUGAUGGACUUGGGCUCCGAGGUGGAAUACAAGGUUUCCAAGGAGGCAUGCAAGGACUCCCAGGAGGCAUACAAGGACUUCGAGGAGGGAUUCAAGGACUCCAAGGGGGGAUACAGGGGCUUCAGGGGGUCCAUGGACUUAGGGGACUGGAGCCCAGCUGUGGCAUGCCAACAGCCUUCCCUCUGCUGGGUCGGAGCACCGCUGUCUAGACCUGAAUGCUUACUGGAGGAGUCUAACCAACCAAUAAGCUGGUCCAUCUCUGAAGAGCCUUCAGGCAGGAGAUCUAUACAGACAGACUUGCUGUCUGUAUGCCUCCUUUGCUGCUCAGUGUUAACAGCACUAACACUACUAGAAGUAGAGAUUUAAGUCCCUAAAGAGCUAAAGGAGGGUUAAAGUGCAGCGAAGGCGUCAGGAGCUCAAUUUCCCGUGCAGCUCUGCGGGCAAAGGGUGCCACUUACUCUGCUGGGAUCCCGACUCUGUGCGUGGAUAAAGAGGAAAUUACACACUGUUUCAAACCAGUGUUGUUGAGUCACAGAGGUAUCCUGGUGUCAUAUCGAAGCUAAGUGAGUCACAGCAGAGGAAGAGAGAAAAGAAGCAGUAACGAGGUAAAAGGACGAGCAACAAGCACAGCUGUUUCUCUACCUUUCGUCCGGACUCCCUCUGCCUUUAUUUUCAUCUCUACCUCCCCUUUUCGUGUCGCCCUCUCAUUCUGUUCAUCCCUCCUCUCCUCUCCCUGUGACUGAGCAACCUAUUGUACCAAUCUGCCGUUGCCAUGGCUCCUGGGAACUGUCUGUUGCCCACGACGACCUCCCCUCUUUUAUCUGCUCUGAUUUUCGAAGACUCUGUUCACGGCUUGUCUCCUCUCAAGGACUGUGAGUAUUAACAUUUACAAAAGAACGCGUGGUGGAGGCCAGUUCUCCCAGUAACAGCCAAAACAAAGGUAUAGUACAACAAGCUAGCCAGAGAACCAAGUGUACAUGGAUUGCAUUUUGUAACACGCUGCUUCGCUGGUUUCAAUGUUUUCUUUACAACAAACUGUCGUAGUUUGGCCUCAACCUGGAAAUUAGGUCCAUCACAGGACGGCGUCUGCUGGGUCAUUCAUGUAAAAAAAAUGUACUAUCAUUCUUUUAAGCUUUGUGACAAAUGCCUUUUCUCUUGUGAAAUAAAAACAUCCUCACCUGCUAGGCCUCUUCCGAUAAUUUACGUAGUAAAAAGGUCAAAGGUCAAAAUGGGACCAGCUUCAUUCUUCGGAGAGUUUUUAUGCUCACCGCAAGGAGUUGUGUUUCUCGUAACCAAUAUACCAUUACAUUUUGGAUCCCUGUUUCUGGAGCAUCUUAAAAAAUCUAAAUUAAAGCCAUUAACUUCACUACAUGUCUUCAUUUGCAAUCUCCUUUACAGUGUCAAAUAAUAUUAUUCACUUUUUCUUUAUCCUUUUUUAUUAAAUGCUCGUAUUUUUCUUCUGCCUAACUGUGUUAUUCUUGUUUGUUUCUUCUUGUCUGUCUGAUAGUUUUGAAUUAGAGAUUAUUAUAGGGAGUAGCGGUCUUCACGGGUUCCUUCGGUUCUCAGUAAGUGAGAUCCGACCCUGGGCCGAGUCAGGCUGUAAUAUGUGUAACACCCAGGAGUGUGAACUGUAUGUAUUGCUUCUCUUUUGAUCGUGGCUGCUCAUUUGAAGGUACCCUGUGGAGUUUCUGAACACUAGUAGCGCUAUGGAGGUCAUGAAGACCUCUGCUGGGGAGGACCGUAUGCCUACAGCCAAGAGGAACCAAUCAGACCUUCUUGCACACCAAAAAGUCUUAGUGACAGGUGUGUCGGAUCAAAAACUCUUGACUUGGAAAGAAAACAAAGAAUUCAGGUAAAGUUCAUACAAACAAACAUUAAAUGAACUUUACCUGAUGAGGGUCUGAGGUCGAUAAAGUGAGUGCAGGUGACGGACAGUGUGCAGGAUUCUUUGUUUGCUUUCCAAGCCGUGAGGCCUCGUGGCUUGCUUUCUCCCCUGCACAUAUACGGCAGGGACAUUUGGUGUUUGUUUGAUUUGAUGAUUGUAUGUAUUUUAACCAUUAUUCCUAAUUGUGCAAUCAAAAAAUAAAGGCAUGGAUUUGCUUCGGGGUUUAGGAGCUGAUGA